UGACAUCAAGAUUUGACACCUGUCACACAUUUGUUUUCAUUCCAAAAGGUUUUUCAAAUUUUCAGUGUCUUCAUAUACCCAUAAAACAUGAGUAACAAAAAUAAGUAUAUACAGGUGGCCGGAAGCGCUGAGGGUAUAACUAGUAGUGAUAAAGUGGUACAAGAGAUAUUGAACACCUUCACUGAUUUGAGACACUAUUCCAGAGAAAUUGAAAACGAACUGAAAGUUACUGAAAAUCAAUCAGUUAAGGUCUAUAUAAAGGAAAGUGAGAAUAUCAGCAGUUUGCAUGCACAAAUCACUGCAUGCGACACAAUAUUGGAACGAAUGGAAAAUAUGCUGAUGGCAUUCCAGAAUGACUUGGGCAGCAUCAGCAAUGAAAUUCUUACACUGCAACGUAAGUCGAUAUCAAUGAGUCAAGAACUCACCAACAGGCAGGCAAUUAGGGGCCAAGUUAGUCAGUUCAUUGAUGACAUUUCGGUGCCCGAAACGCUGAUUGUUGCCAUUAUGGAUUUGCCAGUAACUGACAAAGAGUUCUUAGCUCAGCUGCAAAUUCUCAGCCAUAAAAUAGGCUUUAUUAAAGAACAGAGUUUUCGUGACACUAAGUCGUGCCAAGAUGUUAAGGAAGUCCUGGAAAAGUUGCAAAUAAAAGCAAUGUCAAAAAUCAGAAUAUUCCUAUUAGAGCAAAUAUCCAAAUUUAGACGGCCCAUGACCAACUACCAAAUACCUCAGAAUGCUCUGUUAAAAAACAAGUGCCACUACGAGUUCCUGCUAUUGAAUGAGAGAAAUACUGCAGAAGAAAUCUGCCACGAGUAUGUAGACACGAUGAGCAAAAUCUACUUUUCCUACUUCAAAUCCUACGAGGGCAGAAUAAUGAAGUUAUUGUAUGAGGAAAGUACGACUAAAGACGACCUGAUGGGCAUUGAAGACACCGCAACAAGAGGCCUAUUCAACAAAAGCCUCAAGCAUAAAGCUACCGUGUUUACCAUUGGCAAUAGAGGCGAUGUUUUAGCGCAACAGUUAGAAGCCCCCAUCAUAGUGCCUCAUGCUGAAAUUAAGAAUAAAUAUUCGUACGAAGCAAUAUUUCGAAGCAUUCAAUAUGCUUUAGUAGACAAUGCAUGCAGAGAGUACUUGUUUAUCAGCGAAUACUUUAUGGUGCAAAACCAACCAGCUCUUCAGCUCUUCAACAAAAUCAUGGGCAAAACCGUAAAUCUUCUACAGAAGAAUAUUGAGCAAUACAUUUCCACAUGCUUUGACUCGAUAGCGAUUUUUCUUUGCUUCCACUUGGUGUUGAGGUAUAAAAUAAUGUGUCACAAAAGAUGCGUACCAGCUCUGGACGACUACUGGGACAUGAUGGAAAGAGUUUUGCUACCCAGAUUCGAAUAUAUCUUGAAACUGAAUAUAAACAGUAUUAGGGACUGUGAUGUCACAAAGUUUAACUUGGAGAAAGGCCCACAUUAUAUUGCAAGGCGAUAUGCAGAAUUUAGUGCAGCAAUUGUGAGUAUUAGCGAAAAUUUCCCCAAUGAACUGAUCACAAAGUUGCUGGCCGAGCUUCAAGAAGAGGUCGAAAUGUUCAUAUUUCGCAUGGCCGGUGCUUUCACUGAACGGAAAGAUCAACUGAUCUUCCUCAUCAAUAAUUACGAUAUGAUUCUGAAUAUUAUAAUGGAAAGAACUAGGGAUAAUUGCAAAGAAGCUGAAACGUUCAAAUCGAGAUUGUCGGCAAAGAGUGGAGAAUACGCCGAACAGAUUUUGUUUCCACAUUUCGGAGAAAUGAUUCAAUAUGUGAAGGAAUGUGAACAUUACUUUGAACACUCCAAGCUGGAUGAGUUGAAAGCGCUGGAGUCCAAGUCAUUGGAUAUAGUGAUGAACUUUUCCGAUAACUGGAAAAAGUCUUUGGAGGACUUAAAUCGAGAGGUCUUGCUGUCGUUUCCAAACCUUGUCACCGGAGCCAGUUUAUUGCAGUUAGCUUUAACGCAAUUAGUUCAGUAUUACCAUCGAUUCCAUAAGCUGCUGGUGCCUAAUAUUCGAUCCCAGCUGGUUAAUAUUCAUCAUAUUGUGGUGGAGAUGAAAAAAUACAAGACGCACUUUUAAACUGUUUUA